GUGCGACUCGACCUCUACGCCUCAAGCCCCGUUGGACAUUUUCGCUGGAAUCUUUUUGCUGGAAUCCCGUUGAAAAUGACGUCGACGUCGACGAUAAAAUGCUUUGGUCAUCGUCGUGGGAUCGAAGCAUUCCUCUAUCCAUUUGCAGCACACAUCCAGAACCAAACAGCUUCAGCUACAACUUGUCAUCAGCAGCACAUCCAGGACCCCAUCAACCCAUAUAGUCAGAACCAUGUCUCCCCCCUCAAACAUUCCCGCCGAGUACAAACCCGGGUUCCUCCCGCCCUCCAUCGCCAAGCAGAUGCAGGACAAUCGACCUGGUCAACAAGGACCUCUUGAGCCUGCUCCUCUGGACACGCUGCUUGCCGAUGGAACAGAGUACAAGCCAGCUGGCAAGUUGGAGGGAAAGAACGCCGUCGUGACUGGAGGUGACAGUGGAAUCGGACGAGCAGUCUGCAUCCUCUACGCUCUCGAAGGAGCCAACGUAUUCAUUCACUAUGUCCCCGAGGAAGAGAAAGAUGCCAAGUCUGUCAAAGAGUACAUUUCAAAACAUGCUCCUAAUGUCAAGGUCGAGCUCUAUGAGGGCGACUUGAGGACCGAAGAGGGAAAUAUGAAGAUGGUCCAAGCCAUCAAGGAAUGGAGUGGAGGCAAAGUCCACAUCUUGGCCAACAAUCACGCGACUCAACAGCAAGUCGACGAUAUCAAGGACCUUCCUUCCGAGCAAUGGCGACACGUGUUCGACGUCAACAUCCACUCGUUCUUCUACUUGAUCAAGUCCAUCAUCCCCAUGAUGCCUUGGGGAGGAAGUAUCAUCAACAACGCUUCCAUCAACCCCUUCGUCGGACACCCAGGUCUUCUCGACUACACCGCUACGAAGGGCGCCAUUGUCGGUUUCUCCCGAGCCUUGUCCAACCAGAUUGUCAAGGAAAAGGGAAUCCGAGUCAACGUGGUUUGCCCUGGACCCAUCUGGACCCCUCUCGUUGCUGCUACGAUGACCAAGGAAUCGCUCGAAAGCUUUGGUGUGACAACCGCGAUUGGCCGAGCUGGACAGCCCGUCGAAAUCGCUACUGCUUUCGUUUGGCUCGCAAGUGCUGAAUCCUCUUACUACACUGCUCAAUGCAUGCACUUGAACGGUGGUCAAGCGUACUGAUCGUACGCUGCUCGUUUCGCGAUCAGCUCAUCGUCGGCGUGUCGUUCUAUCUCGCGAAUGAAAGUCGAAAUUUGGAUGAUUUUGAAGGAAAGAGCAAAUGUUUUCACGACGGGGAUAAAGAUGCCACAUUCAGAUAUGAUUCUCUUCUGAUGCAUGGAGUGAUGAGUGUGUGA